AUGGUGAAAAGGUUUAAAAGCAGCAUUCCCUUGCUAACUGACUUGUCGAUCCCUCUCUGCGAACAUGUCUCACAAUACCAACACCAACGCCAGCACCAAUGCCAACGCCAAAACCCAGUCGACCCAGCUGGUCCCCCUUCUGGUGGAACUACCAACCCCAGCCAGGCCGGCGCCAACACCCGUCAACCUGUCGGUUGGAAUGACCCGACAGCAGGGCCUUACCAGCGCUAUGGGGGGAUGGACUGGCCGAAUCUAUCCCACCCCCACGCACCACAUGCCAUGCCGCAGUACCCUCCUCCAGGAUAUCUCACUCAAUAUGCACCGGUACAACCCUUACUGCCGAACGAUGCCCCGCAUGGACCAUACCACCCUCCGCCCCCCAUUGCUGGCCCAUCUCGCCAACCCGCGAUCGACCCAGCUCUCUUACCCCUCCCUGAGGAUGACGAUGACGACUUUCCACCCGCUCACAAGCUGCUCCCAAAGAUUGCAAAACCUGCCUCAAAGGUGGCCGGCAGCCGCCGCCCUGCUCCCUCAAAGGGCAAGGGUAAACAGAAAGCCGACACCCCAGCGACUGUCAGCAAGCGGAAGGCAGCUGGUCAUGCUGACAACGAACCGGCUGCCAAACGUGUUAAACGUGGUGGCCGUAUUGCUGGGGCUGUCAACUACAAUGACGAUGACAUCGACCAAUUGCUUGACCUUCUUGAAGACCACCUCCCCACCGGUGGAUAUGGGUGGAACACCGUUGGCGCUGCGUACAAUGAGUGGGCAAACAGCUGUGGACGGCCCGAGAGGACGGUUAAGUCCUUAGAGCUGAAAUACAAACAGAGUCUCAUCAACAGCAAGGCCGAGACGCGAGAUUUGGAUGACUCGGAGAUUGUCGAUGUUGUCGAACUCAGUUCUGGAUCUGAGGACGAGGAUGAGGACCACGAGACCGACAAAGAAGAUGCCGACCCACCGCGCAAGGACUCUACCAACACCCAACGGCAGCGUGCAACCAAGUCGAAGAUCAAGAAGGACACUGAAGAGCGUGGGCCCAUGGCUCGCCGCCCCCCAGCUGACAAGAUUCUUCAGCCUCAUCCCCUCACCACACUUUAUCGCAACACUUCCCCUGCUGUUCGGUUUACCAUUGACAACACCCCAACCCGUGCUCCUCGGGCCCCUCCUUCUGAUGAAGAGGGUCUUCCUCGUGAUGACACCAACACUGAUGCUUAG